AUGACAUCUAUAUUUGGAGAUUUAAUUUUACAAGAUGGAGCUAAAAUAAUUCGUAGGGACGGUUCAUCUUUAAUUCCAUCUAGAACCAUCAGAAAUGCCACCAUUAAUAUUGGAACCAUGACCAAUACCUCAACACCUGGUAGUUUGAUAACUAUACAGGCUGAAGCAACAUUUAUCAUAGACGACGAUAAGUACGUCGAAAUGCUCAUAGGUAUGAAAUUUAUACCAACUUCAACACACAAUGGGAGAGUCAUGGUAAUCUCUGGCCUUCCAUUAGAUUUGGUAUCAACAAAACCACCAAACGGAUCAUGUAUGGUUACAGGUGACGAUAACUAUGCAAUUAUUACAAUGGCACAUUUCGAUAGAUGGGUAACUGGUGUACCACAAGCACAGUUAGCAUCAACAAUUCCAUUAUCCGGGUUACCUACAACAACCCAUCUUCUUUAA